AUGCUGUCUAAACAGAAUGUUGCUAUAUUAAUCUUAAUUAACGGAAUACCAUAUGGUGGUAUUGGUAGUCCAAAUGGCGCUGGUACAACUGCCGGACUUAUUCCAGAAGCUAAUGGUGCAACUGCUGAACCGUAUGGUGUUGGUGCAAUGGCUGAACCUAGUCCAGAAGCUAAUGGUGUAAUUCCGGAGCCGUAUGCUGUUGGUGCAAUCGCCGGACUGAUUCCAGAAGCUAAUGUUGCGACUGCCGAACCUAUUCCAGGAGCAAACGGUGUUAUUGCCGGAGCUAUUCCAGAAGUUAAUGGUGUGACUGCCGGACCUAUUCUAGAAGCUAUUGCUGGUGAAUAA